UCUACCAACAGACCCCGGGACCGAGGCUGGGGUCCCGCGCUAGUGGGGAGGCUGGGAGUGACGUCAUCAUAAGCUAGAUCUAGGAGGUGGGAUGGCUGGGAACCCCGAAGGCCGAGGAGGCAGUGUUGUCCGGAGUACGGGUUAUCUCUUUGCACAGGGCUGAAGUUCAUUUCGAAGAAGGGAAGAGGUUGGAGGGAGGGGGUGAUGGUGAAAUUUCAACCCGCGUUUCCUUUCAGUCAAUAUUAAGCGCCUACUAUGUGCAAGGCACCGUGCUAGGCGAUGAGCAUCAUAGAGAUAGAAAUAGCCCAGGGAAAAAACAAAGCCUGGUGCAGUUGCUUGCCCGGCCUGGUGGUGCAGCUGGCUCAAGAAGGCUUCGGGAGCUGGAGUUGCUAUUCUUUCAUGUCAGGGGAGCCGGCUUCUGCCAAAGAGACAGACGAGAAUCAUUCCUAUGCGGAAAAGGCGUGAGAAAGGGAGCUUGUAGUAGAAGGUGGUUGAGAGGAUGAAAGGAGCAAGUAAUACUCCGUCGUCUCCCUUUUGUUCCCUGAUUUUCAAGCAACAGCCAUACAGGAAAAAAAGAAUGAAGCUUCAAGCCAGGGAGAGAGAAAAAGAUGAAGGGCAGACUCAGUUCACCACCAGAGUUAACAAGAGAGCUACCAACCAGAAUGACAAAGGCCUGAGGAGCUCGAUUCCAACAAAUAUGGAAGAUCAAGGCAACUUUGCUGUGUCCUGCAGAGAGAAUGAUAAGGUGCAACAAAAUCCAUCAACACAUAGUACUUUAAUUCAUAAUUCAAAUAUAAUGGAAAAGUAUGAAAAACUUGGUAAAAUUGGAGAAGGAUCUUAUGGUGUCGUGUUCAAGUGCAGAAAUAAAAACUCUGGACAAGUCGUGGCCAUUAAAAAAUUUGUGGAAUCUGAGGAUGAUCCCAUUGUUAAGAAGAUAGCAUUAAGAGAAAUACGCUUAUUGAAGCAACUAAAGCAUGCAAAUCUUGUGAACCUCAUUGAAGUGUUCCGAAGGAAGCGGAAAAUGCACUUGGUUUUUGAAUACUGUGAUCAUACGCUUUUGAACGAGCUGGAGAGAAAUCCAAAUGGAGUUGCUGACCGUAUGCUCAAGAGUGUUUUGUGGCAAACACUUCAGGCUCUCAGUUUCUGCCACAAACAUAACUGUAUUCACAGGGAUGUUAAACCUGAAAACAUUCUGAUAACAAAGCAAGGAAUGAUCAAGAUCUGCGAUUUUGGAUUCGCUCGGCUUCUGAGUCCAGGAGAUGCCUAUACUGAUUAUGUUGCUACAAGAUGGUACCGAGCACCUGAGCUUCUGGUAGGAGAUACUAAGUAUGGCCCUACAGUAGAUGUGUGGGCAGUUGGAUGUGUUUUUGCUGAAUUGCUGACUGGACAACCCCUUUGGCCUGGAAAAUCAGAUGUGGAUCAACUCUAUCUGAUCAUAAGAACUCUAGGAAAACUAAUUCCGAGGCAUCAGUCCAUCUUUAAAAGUAACCAGUUUUUCCGUGGCAUAAAUAUUCCUGAACCAAAAGACAUGGAGACACUUGAGGAAAAGUUUCCUGGUACUUCCCUAGUGGCUAUGAACUUCAUGAAGAAUUGCUUGAAGAUGAAUCCAGAUGAUAGAUUAACUUGUGCACAGCUCUUAGAAAGUCCUUACUUUGAAUCAUUUCGAGAGAAUCAAGUUAAAAGAAAAUCACGGAAUGAAGGAAAACCCAAAAAACGUUCACAGAGUCAGCUGUUGCCACUCAUACCGGGAAGCCACAACACCCCCACACCUGAUGGAAGAAGACCGGUCCUCCAAUUAAAAUUUGAACAUCUUCCAAAUAUUUAGGAAAACUUUCAAGUGAAAAGCAAUUUAACAUGUACAAAAUUCUCUAUGCUCUAAAGAAGAAUUCUCAGUGUUUCAAAUGCAAAUAAGCCAUGUGAAAAUUAAGAUAACUUCUGGGCUUACUCUGAUCAUUGUUGAUUCCUUUCCAUUUUUUUUUUCUUCAAAAGCCAGCUUUUAUCUUUUCUUUACAUAAUAAAGCCUAGUGCUUCAUUCUCAAAGGGGCCACUUGCAGAAAGCAUCAGAGCAGGCUCGGUCAUGGCAAUUCAAAUUGAGAAUUUGUGGGGGGCUACUUUGAUUUAUGAAAAAGGUUUAUGGAUAUUAUCUCCUUUGAGCUAGCAACAAGUCUUAAAACUAUGUUAAAGAAUUUCCCUAGCUCUUCAUCAUCAAGGAGUAACAUUAGUUUUUACAAUUUAUUGAUGCAUUUUGGGUUUGAAUUUUGUUUGUUUGUUUUUUUUACAACGUUGUCCUUUUGCAAUGCCCCCUCCAUACUACCUUACCUUAUAAAUACAAUAACAACAGUCAAUUCAGUAAAAUUAUCCUAUGCAGUAAGAGUUCUUAGCUUUUUUUUUUGGUAAUGGACCCCAUUGGCAGUCUGGUGAAGUCUAUAGAUCCCCUCUCAAAAUAAUGAUUUUAAACGCUUAAAAUACAUAGGAAACACAAAUUAUAUUGAAAUGUAGUUAUCAAAAAAAUUUUAAUCCAAGUCCUCCAGGAGCUGCUACACAGAAAGCGCAACUGUAUGAUUGUUUAAUGGUUCAUAUUUAUAACACACCACCUCUCCUGUGAGAAGAACAAAGAGUCUGCUCCCCAAAUCUGUGCUCUGGAACAAACAUUGAUCAUUGCAUUUGAUCUGAAUUCUGUUGCCUUUUAGAGUUGCUUUCAUUUACUUUAUUAUCAUAAUUAUGUAUGUUGCUCUCUUAGUCCUUGUUUCUUUUCUCUGCAUGAGAUUUUUUUAUGUGAUCCUGCCCAUAUUUAUAUGAAUUCCUCAUAUUUGUUUUCCUUUAUAGACCAUAUAAUUCCAUAAUAUUAAUAUAUUAAAAUGUGUUCAGCCAUUUCCCAAUUGAUAGACACUUUCCAUCAAUGCCCAACAUUAUGAUCUCUGUUGGGUCAAAGGGUAUGAGUAAAUUAGUAACUUUUUUUGAAUAAUCCCGAAUUGUUCCCCAGGAUAGUUAGACCAAUUUAGCUCCAUCAAUAGUAUAUUAGUGCUCUCUCACAACCCUCCAAUAUUGAUUGUUUCCAUCCUUUUCUAUAUUUGUCAGUUUAAUGAAUAUGACAUAAUACCUCAGAGGUGUUUUAAUUGUAUUUCUCUUAGUAGUAGUUAUUUGGAGCAUGUUUUCACAUGAUUGUUAAGUUUGCAUUUCUUCUUCUGAAAAUUGUUCAUAUCCUUUGAGCCCUUAUCUAUUGGGAAAUGGGUCUUGAUCAUAUAUAUUCUAUGCAUUUUCUAUAGAUUUUGAAAGUCAGAUUUGUAUCAGAACUGCUGAAGCAAAGAUUUUCAAUUCCCUAUCAGUAGCUUCUUGACUUAUUGUAGAUGCAUUGAUUUUGUUCAUUUUAAUUUUAUAUCAUUGAAAUUGUCUUUGUGUAAUUGCUUCCAUCCCUUGUCUGAUUAUAAAUUCUCCCCAAGUUGUGAAAUAUAUAACCUUCCAUUCUCCAUUUUUUUAAUGAUGUGACAACUUAUUUGAGUAUUUGAGUGACCAUUUGUAUUUAGAUCACUUAUCUAUUUGGAAUUUAUUAGAGUACAUGCUAUAAACUUCUAGUCUAAACUUCCAAUUUUCCCAACAAUUUUUGCCAAGUAGAGAAUCCUUCCCCCCGGUACUUGUUUUUACUACUACUACUACUACUACUACUACUACUACUACUACUACUACUACUACUACUACUACAAAUAAUAAUAAUAAUAAUAAUAACAGCUAGCAUUUUAUAGUGCUUACUAUACAUACCAGGCACUGUAUCAGGUGCUUUACAAAUAUUCUUAUUUGUAAAAAUAAAAUAAAAUAAAAAUUUCUUAUUUACAAAAAUCCUAGGAAGUAUCUUCUACAAUUAUCUGCAUUUUAUAGGUGAAGAAACCAAGGCAAUCAGAGCUUAAAUGACUUGCCCAGGGUAACACAGGUAGUAAAUGUCUGAAGUUGGAUUUGAACACCAGUCUUCUUGAUUUCAAGCCCAGCUAUUUUAUACUACAGCUACUGUGCUCAUUAAUUUAUAGUUUUGAUAUUUAGUCUGUUAGAUUGCUCUGCUUUUCAAUUAUUUAACUAUUAUUAAAUAGUUUUGAUGAUUACUACUUUAUGAUAUAAUUUGACAUAUAACCAUGCCAGGUCCCUUCAUUCCUACUCUCCUAUCCUCUACGCCUCCCCCACCCCCAUUUGCCUUUAAAUUCUUGAUCUAAUAUAUGUCAUUACUUUGUCUAGUUUCAUAAAGUAGCCUCAUAGUAACUUGAUUAGUGUAGAACUAUUUCUUUUCUACCUAUAAUUUCAUUGAUGUAAGGAGCUUCAAGUAAGAAACUCUCUCUAGCAAUACAUAUUGGUAACUUUUCUGAAUUUUUGGAUCUUAGAGUGUUGUUUGACGGUGAAAUCUGCUUGCUGAGGGUCAUAUAGCCAAAACAUAGUGGAGACAAUAGUUGAACCCCAAGACUUCCUAACUCACUAUCCACGACAUUAGGCUGCCUCUCAUGGAGAUAAACAUGAAAUUAAUUUAAGUAUUAUAGUGAUUUUAAUUGUCAUGUCCCAGCCAUGAAAAAACUCCAGUUAUUCAUCUUCAUUUAUUUUUGCUCAUCAAAUUGCUUCUUCUACAUUUCAGUUCACUUUUUUCUCCCUUUCUAUUUUCUAACUUACUGCAUGUGAUAGUAUUUUAUGUUGCAGCAUCAUGAAACUGGAAGAAAACCCUAGAAAGCUGUCCAGAUUUUUCCUUCAGUCCAAGCCAAAUUAUAUCUAUGCCAUCCCACAAAUGUAUCUAUAGCAGAAGAGUCAACAACAACCUUCAGUAAUUCUUACAUUUGAAGUCUCUCUCUUACUCUGUUUAAGGCCAUUUUUUGCAUUUUGUCCUCAAAGGUGAGCAAAUAUGUCUAAUCAUCUCUGAAUAAUAUGUACUUGACCCAUGACAACAAUGGUGACCAAUUGUAUGGAAAUAUCUUUGUCUCUUGUCUUGUAGAUAAGUCUUCUCCUGAACUUUUAUCAUAGGUUAUAGUUUCAAAAUCCUUAAUCAUCUUCAUUUUUCUAAAUUCGCUCUAGUCCUCCACACAUCCUUGUAUUUUGUAAUGCUAGAAUGAAUACUGUACAGUGUGUCCACUUCUUAAUAUUACAGAGAGGUUAUUUUAGAGUAAAGUUUCUUCUGAGCUUGAUUUUUUGACUUUCACUGGGAAAAAACUAAUUCAGUGGCAAAUUAACAAUGUUUCUGCACCUGUCUUACAUGUGCUAUUUGUGGGUGAUUUUUCAGAAUUAAACUCAACCCCACAUUUACUUUAGAGGCAGCUAGGUGAUACUGGACCCGGAGUCAGGAAGAACUGAGAACAAAUCAAGCCAGAUACCCUUACUAGCUGUAUGAUCCUGUUUAAGUUGCUUAACCUCUGUCUGCCUCAGUUUCCUCAUCUGUAAAAUGAUGACAGCAAGAGCCUCUCCCUCCUAGAAUUGUUGUGAAGAUAAAAUGCGAUGCUAUUUGUAAAGUGAUUUGCAAACUUUAAGUGCAAAAUUAAAUGCUAGCUUUCCCUAUCAAUAUUGGAGCAUUGCUUAAAAGCACUUUUAGUAUUCCUAAGUACUGAUACAAAGCCUUUGAAAAUACUCUUCUGGUGAUUACACAGACCAUUCAGAUCAUGUAAUCCAAUAGCAAUGCCACUCAUCAUCUAUCACCGGCAUCAUCUUAGGCACAGCAGCAACUGAAAGCACUUCUUCGUGCCACUGGAUCCAUCCAGCAUAUUACCUAAAUGUUCAUUUUUCAGACAUGUACCAUCUCGGGAAAUCCUAGCAUCUGGGAUUCAGGAGUUAUAUUUCUAAAAGUGCUUAGCACAAUGUCUUAUAUAUAAUAAGUGCUAUAUAGACAUUAGCUAUUGUUAUCAAUUAGGCUGGUGACUGGGAGUAGAGAGAACACAUAAAAGAUUUUUUUUAAUUAAAUAAAAUUAAUGAGGCUCGACAAUGUAUGGGAUCUUGGGGAUAAAGAAGAAUGAAGGGUUGAAGAUGACUGAAGUGGCAAACUUGGGUGUGCAGAAGGAAGAUGAAGAUCCAAUGAGAAAAUAUUUGUUAAAAACCACUUAGUACUGUGCCUGGCUUGCAGUUGGUGCUAUCUAAAUGCUUUCCCUUCUUUCCUUUCCUUGGUAAAAAAAACUACAUCCCUGAAUGAUUCCUCUUUCAUUUGAGGGAUGUUGUCAAGGAUGUUUAGUCCUCUGCACUUUCCAGUUCAAUAUGGAUGCAAACCAUGAGGGUCUUUUUUAAAGGAUGGGAAAUCUGGGACAUAAGAAAACGAUGUAGUUAUUUUCAGAUUCAAGUAUGUCUUGCAGUUUGAAUAUGAAGAUGCCAUAUGUUAACGGAAGAAGAAAAAUUGUAGAUGAGGAGACAACUGUUAAAUAAUUUCACCUUGGAUCUCUUAGUUGUUGUUGUUGUUUUUGCAUUGAAACCUUUUCACUACCAAACCCUAUAAGCUGACCUUGACCAAUAAUACACAAUAAAAGACUGUCUAUUAAAAACAA